AUGAGUACUAUUCCAAAGGUCGAAGACCUAAGUGAGACCCUUCGAGGUCUCACUUCAUGUAUUGAACUGGCGAUGAAGAACCUGUAUGAUCUUCAAACUGCAACCAUCAACGCUACUGGCGAGACAAUCUUCGCCAUGCGGAGCGCUACAAGCAAAUUAGAACGGAACUCAAAUCCCAAUGUGCAACUCCUGCGCACAUCCCUGUUGACGGCUACAAAGAGUGACAUUGGGGAUCUUCUCGAGGAAAUGCUGGCCAAAUGCAAGCAGGAUGCCACUAUGGCUGCGCAGUUGACAGCUGGCCACAGUAACGUGCUCGCGGUGUAUCUCCAGUACCGAGACAACUUCCGGUACCAUCUCGACCACCCAAAGUCACAACCUAUGAAGUCAUUAUUGUUCAAGUCCUCUCGACACCAGCCCACUGGACCUACGGGAAGCCCCCAACCAAAGCUCUUGGAACAUGGUUUUUUUGAGGAUAGUAUUGCGAGCCUCCAUCCGGACGGAAACCAGGCCAUGGCGGCGUUUGAAUCAGCCAUGGAGGAAAUACACGCCAAUCUUUCACGAUUGUCCAUUUUCCUUACGGCCCAACACCUCUUCUGCCAGCGCGGCCUGGACUCACUCUACCACCCGUCUCACAGCCUGACACCGAGACAACUUCAGGAAUAUGCCGACAGCUGGGUGACUUAUCAGAGUGCACUAAUGAAAGCAAUCAAAGACAUUACUAGGACAUGCGAUGCAGUGAUGAUCGACGCCGUUGGUGCUCCUCAUCACACUCCUACUUCACCGCCGGAGGAGGCACUUGCACCGUGGAAUGUCGUUCGUAGUGCAAUCCCAUUCCUUGCCCGGGUUGGAAGGCCUGUCGAGGGCCAUCGACAUGACAAUGAGAAUGACGACGUGGAGAUUGAUAUCACCAUUACAGCAAGAGUGGUUCCACACAAUGGGAAUUGA